UUGAAAAGCUCCUACUCGCAACCACAUCGCUGCAGGAGCGCUGCAGAAGGGACCGAGAUGGGACUGGGGGACUUCAGCCACGGCAGGCAGCGGAUGCCCCGGAGUCUCUAUGGAGUCCUGGGCCGAGCUGGGCUCUGGACCCCAGUGCUGCAUUCUGUGUACCGCAUCCCCUGCAACACCUGGCGCAUCCACGUGCAGGCGCAGACCCGGGCUUACAGCCUGGUGCUGGAGCACCUCCGACGGCAGCUCCAGCGCGCCUUACAGCGGGCGGCGGCACGCGGGCGCGCCCGACGCGCGCGGGAGGCUGUGGCGAAGGUGGCCGCGGCGGCGGCCGCGGUCCAGGAGGAGCGGAGCCGUGCGCGCGUGGAGUGCGCCCUGGCCCGGCUGCGCGCGGAGUUGCUGGAACUGCGUUUCCAAAACCACCAGCUGGCCAGAACUUUGCUGGAUCUAAACAUGAAGAUGCAGCAGCUGAAAAAGCAGCAGGAGAGGGAUAGGGCAGCGAAGUCCUGGAACCGGGAAGAUGAUGCCAUGGAUCGGGAGCCUGGAAACGCAUAGUGGGAAACCAGCCCACAGCUCUGAAGCAGCUCUGAAAGCUUAGGAUAACAUAGGCGGCGCUGAAGCAGUUCUAACACCAGCAUUAGCAAUGCUUUACUUAAGCUCUGAGGGACACUUAGUCCACUGAAAACCUACAUGCAAAGAGGAAGUCACAAAACGAAUCUAAGAAAGGAGGGCGAUACAUUAUUUUGAAGUCUUAAAGACAGUCAUUCAUUGAUUUGGUUGAAUUUUUUUUUUUUUUUAGAAGGAGAAGGAGGCCAAGCAGAAGAAAAAGAAGAGGAAGAUGAAGAAAAUCCAAAGUGUCAAAGACUGUCCCAUCUUACCUGCCUUUUACUGGCAUUGCAUGAACUGUCAGAAUCUGUGCUUGUUUUUAUUUAUUUUUGGUCUAUCCAGUAGCCUAUUCGGUGUUCUUCUUUUUGUAAAACUGAGAGUUACUUUUGUCUGGAAUCCAGCCACGCCCUUUAUGAGGUCAGCAUUAAGAAUAUCCCAAACCCAAGGCAAAUACACUAGGCCUUGCUAUCAUUGAGGCACAUGAAAUAUUCGUGUCCUUAUAAAACCUCCCCUCAAUUGAUUCAGUCUUGAGUUUCAUGACUUACACCCCAAACUUCUUAAUACAGUUCUUUUGUUCAAUUAACUUGGGAAUUAAAAUGUUUCUUAUUGCUGAGUUAAAAUACCUAGCUUUACCUUAAAAGUUCUGUCUUCUUAUUGCAAAAAUAAAAUUAAUAAAA